AUGAUUUGGAAAGAUUCUGUAUCAGUGAAGCUCUUGAGCCAGUCCCGUCAAUCCCUCACCUGUGAAAUCAAGCUUCCGGGCUCAAGCCUCUUUAUCUACACUGCAAUAUAUGCUUCUAAUGAGAGUGCAGAGAGAACUGACCUCUGGAUAGAACUUUUGAAUCUCUGUCAAUCCUUUGCGCUCUCCACUGUUCCAUGGAUGAUAGGAGGUGAUCUGAACCAAAUCAUUCACUAUGAUGAGCAUUCUCUGGCCUCUGUCAACAGCUUCUCCAAGCGGAUGGUAGAACUUAAAGAUUGCCUUCUUCAGAUGGGAUUGUUCGACAUGAGGUUUCAAGGCCCACUAUUCACCUGGACUAACCGCCAGCCUGAUGAUCCUAUAGCAAAGAAACUCGAUCGCCUUCUCAUCAAUAACCUUGUCUUGAACCUGUUCCCAAACUGUACCUCCUUCUUCCUCCCAGCUCUAUUCUCCGAUCACUCACCAUGUCUCAUAGACCUGUCCUAUAAGAUCCCCUCCUCUGGUACCAGACCCUUCAAAUUUUUCAACUACCUAACUCUCCACCCUGACUUUCACAGUGUGGUCUCUGAAGCUUGGUCUUGCGCCGGAAGCAUUGUCUCGAACCUCAGUGGACUGGACAGGUACUAUCAACGCCAACACCAGAACUGUUUGAACAAGAACAAUUGGCGCUCCAGAAGUGGAUCUUCCUGA